AUGCGUCACACUAGUACCAUCGCUCUGGCCAUUGCCCAGUUCGUCCUUGCCACCCAUGCGCAAGUCGACUUGGACAUGGGCGACGUGCCCACGGCCUGCCAGACAAUCUGCAGACCGAUUGGCACCCUCUCGGACCGUUGCGACGUCGACCUGCGCAGCGACAACGACCGCGACGAGCAUCUCCUCCAGAACCAGUGCAUCUGCACCAACAAGAGCUUCGACGUCGGCAAGAUUGCCGCUCUCUGCGCGGACUGCAUGCACCAGACCAGGAACAACGGGCGUGGCGGCGACAACCGCGCCGACAGCGACGAUCUCAGGGACAUUGACGAGCUUCUGUCCGUGUGCGGCUUCCCCAGCACCACAUACAACUCGGCAGCCACCAGCGAGGUAGCCAGCGUCACGGUCGAUGUCACUCGUCCCACCGACGUCAGCCAGCUCACCACCACAAUCAAUCGCUCUCUCCCUGCCACCGGAGGUGCUGGUGGCGGCAGCAGUGCCACGGCCACCCCAAGUGCCUCGCGGAACAGCAGCAGCGGCUCUACAACUCUGACUUCUCAGUCUUCUGCCACAGCGGCGCAGACCUCUGGCAGUCGCGGUUCCUCCUCCCAGUCCGCCAGCGCCUCAAGCUCCAGCGCUGCUACUUCAUCGACGACCGGCAACGCCGCUGCGGCUGUGACGGCCCAAGCAGCCUACGCUGUCGGUGGCUUGAUUGCUGCAGCUUACCUUCUGGGUUAA